AAUCCAUCAAAAUUCCAAGCCUCUUCUCCUUGUAAUAAAUUGUGAUCUCCGUCUUCCUCGCUCCUCAGCUAAACUUGGCGUUUUGUAGAACCCGACGUGGCCUCCGCUCCUCACUUCAACAUCCCUCAAUCCCCGCCUCACCCCUCCUCACGAACACGGACCACCUCUCAAAAAUGGCGUUUUCCUAUAAAUUCCCACCACCCCCCUCCCUUCCUCCUCAGGUCUGCAGCUGCAGGAGCAAAGGAGAAACCGAAUCCCUUCCAAAGCUCCCACCUUUCCCGUCUCCUCCCUUAUUCGAGUUCCCAGCUCGCCGCCGCAGCAGUCAAUGGAGAUGAGGAAGAUCGCCUGCGCCGCUCUCAUCGUCGCGGCCGCCGCCACCACCGCCCUCGCCGCCGAGGCUCCUGCCCCUGCCCCAGCCAGCGCCUCCUUCGCGGUCAGCCCCGCCGUCGGAGCCGCCGUCGGCGCCUCCGUCCUCUCCUUCUUUGCCUUCUACCUGCAGUAACCUCAGCGGCCGAGAAGCAGCGGCCGUGGCCGGGGCACUUGAUGAGCGAAUAACUGCGCUUAUUGUUGUUCGUGGUUUCGCGUUAAUUAUUUCCUUACCGUGUUGUGUUCGUUUCUAUGGAUCGAUUUGAUUGUGAGACUGUGAAUCAUUCUCAA